UUGGCGCUAUUCCACCGGUCCUGCCCUUAGAAAGCCACACUCUCGAAAAAGGGGCGGUGGUUUGAAACAGUUAAAACUAAUUAUCGAUCAUGAACUUUUUCAAAUCUACCUUAUUUACAUGAAUAAAUCUAAUUCGAAAGUGCACCAUCUAAACUGUGAAAGUUACAACGGUUACAUUUCCUAGUGAUAGGAAAUGGAUUCCUAAAAGCCACUCCGUCCCUGAGAGAUCUAAACUCAUUUGCAAUGAGUGAGAGGGUCUUUUGAUAAAUGUAUUUUUGAUUAAAAUAUAAUGUCCUUUAAAUUCCUGCCAACGUGAUGAAAAGUGAUUUAGUGCUUAUUUAAAGAAGUGUGGAAACCAACUCCAGGAGAAUGAAAUCUUCAGAAAAAAUUUGAAGCAUAUUUUCACUAUCAAAAUUUGGAAAUUAUUUUGUACCUAAAAGCAAAUAUCUUUGGAAAAUGGAAGUGGAUAUUGAUUACGUAAUGAAAAAUGGAGAUCCAAGGCUUAAUUCAUAUCCUCUAAUGCAUUCCCCACACAAAACAAUCGCAGCCACUGCCUUGUAUCUUCUAUUCGUGAAAAUCAUAGGACCAAAAUGGAUGCAAAACAGGAAACCAUUUGAAGUCAGAUAUCUUAUGAUUUUAUAUAAUUUCACGUUAGUCAUCGGUAGCUUAUGGAUGUUUUUCAGAUUUUCACUAAUCUGGUUAACUACGUACAGUUGGCGCUGCGAACCAAUUAAUUAUUCAAAUGACGAAACUGCUGUAAAGAUGCUGUUCACCUGUUAUGUUUAUUACCUUAGUAAAUUUGUAGAAUUCUUCGAUACAAUAUUUAUCAUCCUUCGAAAAAAAUAUUCUCAGAUUUCUUUCCUUCAUGUUUUUCAUCAUGCCAUUGUUCCAGUAACAUCAUGGUACGGAGUUAAGUAUGCAGGAGGUGGUUACACUACAAUUCUACCUUUAUUAAAUACAUUUGUACACAUUUGGAUGUAUUCAUAUUACGCCUUAUCAGCGUUUGGGCCUUCAGUACAGAAAUACAUCUGGUGGAAAAAACAUUUAACAAAACUUCAAUUGCUCCAGUUUACAAUUGUGAUGACGUCGCUGGCGCAGAUGGCACUUUUCCCUCCAGAAAAUUGCAACGUUCGAAAUUUUGCCGUCUGGAUAGUUCUUGGGCAAGCGAUAAUCUUUUUCGUUCUCUUUGUGCACUUCUAUUUAACUUCCUACGGUAAGAAAACGGAUAAAAAUAUCAAAGCAAGUAGUAACACUAACGGAGUGCAAAAGACGGAACAGACGAACGGAUGCCAUCAAGUGCAAUCCUCUCACAAAACAAAGUAGAAGAAUUUAUAUACAGAUCUAUAGUUUAUCUCUUUCUCGAAAUUCCAGGAAAGAGUUAAGAUAUUACUACAAUGUCUUUCAAGUGCAAAACAAAAUAAAUUGAAAAUCUAAAUGUAGAGCCGAUGUUAAAAACGUGUUCGGAGAAACUCAAUUUUCAAGCCUCAUUUUACAUUUCCUGACCAAACUAUUAGAGGCACUAUAAGAUUCUAUGUAAAAUCUUAAUUAUUUGGUGAUACUAUACGGCUUUAUUGUUUUUGAGAGGCUGAAACUGGUUUUCAAUUGUUUACGUUCGUGUAUUAAUUGGUUAACAUUGUAAUGAAAUAUGUUAAAAAUAAAUACAAAUAGGAAGUAUAUAAAAGAUCUCCUGAAUAAUAACUCAUUACAUGUAUGUUUAAAUAUA